GCCAUGUCUUCCUCCCUCGCACCGACGCUGAUCAUUUGCAGCUCAAUUUCGAGGUUUGACAGCAUUCGGAUUGUGCUCCAGUAGUCAUCGUACUCCUGCUAGGUAGUAGUACGGUACUUAUAGGUCUCGCAGAAGCGACUAAGCUCAGAAAGACCCCGAACCGAUCCCAUUGCAUCUGACGUUCUCCAAACACGAGCGUCAUUCGCUACCCGUCAGCGCAGGAAGCAUUGGCAGCGUCGCACAGAUACCCAUAAGGCAAUUUGGCCAUCAGACUUGUCCUACACUCGCAGCUUUGAAUUGAAAGCCGAGAAUGCGCCUGGUCGAAAGUUUGCUGCUGACCACGCUUUGCCUCUGUGCAAGUUCGAAUGUGAAUGCGAUCUGGCCCAAACCAUCUUACAUCUCGUACGGCACACCGAGCAAAGAUGAGCGAGCCAUUCAAGCUCUUCGGGUCGACGUCGACAAGCUCGUCAUUGCGCAUACAGGCGACUUGCCCGCCGAUCUCAUCACUGCGAUUGAGAGGAGCAAAAGCAGACUCAAGAGCGACGCGAUGCAGCCUUUGAUCGUCGGAUACGGCGCUUCGAGAUCAGAAAAGAUUCAGCAAGCGCCGCUGCUGGAGAAGCUCAAGAUCAUCCUCGAUGGCAUCGAACCGCCAGAGGCGGCAGUCACACCAAAUGCAGCAACCUCCGCAACGCCUGACGAAAAGGCUGCCGAGUCGGUAAAGACCGAAGGUGAAGCAGCCCCGCAUCAGCACAAGCAACCUGCGCCAGCCUCAGAAGAGGCGCCACAGGCCGAGAAGGAGGAGAGGAGACCAGAAGACCCCAAUCAGGCGUACACAAAGGCGUCGGAUACGAAGGAGCAUCCUCCUCCCGAAGCACGGUCAGCCCAUCAAUUCCCCAUCGAGGUGUUCGAUGCAAGAGAAGCGUCCAGCGACAAUACCGACGUCGAAAGUGAUCCUCCGACAGAAGCUCAGGUCGAAGUCAAGAAGCCGGACGAGCCUCUGCAAGCAGAUACGCCGUCAGAGCAAAGCCCAAGUGCAGACCGGCCAGCUGAUGCUGGUAGCACGAACGCCACCGACACGCCUGUUGCGGCGACAUCAGGUCUUGCCUACGAGAUACAACGGGACGUGGAGCUGCUCGACGAGGCAUACAGCCUUACUCUGCCCGCAGAUGGCUCACCAGCAGUACUCAGUGCUAAUUCCAGCCUCGGCAUUUUUGGAGGCUUGACAACGUUUGAGCAACUCUUCUUGUCUUUGCCGAAAGCGGACGAGACGACGCGCUACGUUUGGAAUGUGCCCAUCGACAUUCAUGACAAGCCUGCUUAUCCUUAUCGUGGUAUCAUGGUCGACACAGCGCGCAACUUCAUUCCCAUUCCGGCACUCAGGCGCACGAUCGAAGCGGCUUCGUCCGCGAAGCUGAAUCAGUUUCACUGGCAUAUUGUAGACGCUCAAAGUUUUCCCCUCAAGCUGGAUGGCAACCUCUCAGUCCUGGCUGAGAAAGGCGCCUAUUCACAAGCUGAGACGUAUAGUGCUGGCGAUGUCAAAGACUUCGUUCAGUAUGCCGGCGAGUACGGCAUCAACGUCAAUGUCGAAAUUGAUAUGCCAGGACAUACGUACGAGGGCGUCUUGCAGUACAAGCCCGAGCUGGUCACUUGUCCAAACAAGCACGACUGGGCCUUCUGGGCAAAUGAGCCGCCUUCCGGGCAAUUGGCACUAAACAACAGUGCCGUCAAUGCGUACGUAAAGGAACUCAUACAAGAGACGUCAAAAUUGCUCGCUGGACCCUACUUUGGCCACGGAAAUGACGAGGUCAACCUCAAGUGUUACGGGGCCUCAAGCAAGCGAGACAUCGACGCUUCAUUGUUGAAGCCUUUCAUCGAGGGUGUGCAAAAGGCAAUCGUCGACAGCGGAAAGGCGCCCAUGGUCUGGGAAGAGGCGGCAAUCGAUUUUCCAGAGACUGCCAAGGCCCUGGUGAACGGAACAAUCGUAGAGGUCUGGACCAGCGUUUCCAACAUCGCCAAGGUGCUCGAAUCGAACCCAGCUGUACGCGUUAUCACUGCCCCUUACCAGGCAGCCUACCUGGACGUCGGACUCGGCAGCUGGAUGGGCGACAGUACUGGUCAAUCUUAUGCGGAUUACGUGACGUGGCAGAUGGCCUACGCUUUCGAUCCUCUGACGGGCACGCAAGGCAUUCCUGAUGCAAGGAAGCGCGUCCUGGGAGGGGAGAUGAAUCUCUGGACAGAGCAGGUAGACGAGAAUAAUCUCGACGCUCUUCUGUGGCCGCGCGCACUAGCUGGCGCCGAAGUCUAUUGGACCGGCGACUCCUGGACGCAAGCCUUCAACGCUGGCAACAUCACUACGACUUUCAGCGCAGUCGGCCAGGGUAACACUACUGAAGGUGCCGAAGCAGCUGAAGCGAACCCCGACAGGCGCGCCAUCGCUUGGUCACAAAGGAGCUGGUCUGGAUCGAAUUUGACAAAGCGCAGUGCUGUAGAGGCGCUACCAAGGUUGCACGAGCAGCGAUAUAGGCUUGUCGGGCGUGGAAUACAAGCCUCGCCUUUGCAGCCGAAGUGGUGCGCCCUCAGACCCAACCAAUGCAACGCGCCUGUCGCCACAAGCCCAUGAGUGCCUUCUCGGAAGGUUCCGAAUCUUUCAAAACCGCGCCUCAGCUGUUGAGAUAGCGACC